ACUUCUACGUUGUAUCCGUUAACGCGUACUCGACACCGACUCGGUAUCUACUCUCCUUUAUAAAAGUUAGCAACCCCAAUCCUCUUUCAUUCCUGUAACAGAUCUCAAAUCGCUCACAAAGAAGAAGAAACAACUAACAGAGAAGAAGAAGAAGAAGAAGAAGAAGAUCAAAGAAGUAGAAGAAGAGAGAUGAGUUACUACGAUAAUCAUCAGCAGCAGCCCGUCGGUGCUCCUCCCUUCCAAGGGUACCCUAGUCAAGGCAAUACAAAAGAUGCCUAUCCUCCACCAGGCUACCCUCCCCAGGGCUACGCUCAGGGCUACCCUCCCCAGCCCCAGGGGUACCCUCCCCAGGGUUACCCUCAGCAACAGUACGGCCAGCCCCCUCACCACCAACAUCAGAGCAACAACGGCGGCGGCGGUGGUUUGCUCCAAGGAUGUUUGGCAGCACUUUGCUGCUGUUGUCUUCUGGACGCUUGCUUCUGAGGAUUGAAGAGUUGAUGCUGGUUCUUCGAGCAUUAUCUAUAAAGUGACUAUAGUUUGUGCUUAUACACCAUUCCUUUAUUCUUAGAAUGAUUGGAAUUAUCCAAGCGUAGCUUGUGGAUUUUUGUUGCUUUUUAAAUAUGAAUAAACAUCGUACACUAUUUUUUGAGCAA